AUGACCACCUUCCGUGAACAAAUGAAGGGCUUUCCCUUCUGGCAGAUGGCCGUGGUGAUGAUCAUCCGGUUCUCAGAACCCAUCUCUUUCACGUCGCUCUUCCCAUACGUGUAUUUCAUGGUACGCGACUUCAAGAUCGCCAAAGACCCAUCUCAGAUCUCCAGAUUCACAGGCUACUUGGCAGCAUCAUUUGCGUUGGCCCAGUUUCUCUGUUGCAUUCAUUGGGGCCGUCUCUCCGAUCGAAUCGGCCGCAAGUACGUGUUGCUCUGUGGACUUUUGGGCUCUGCCCUUUCUCUCACGAUCUUUGGCUUCUCUCGCAACUUCUAUAUGGCUUUGGCCGCUAGAACGACCGCCGGUGCAUUGAAUGGCAACAUUGCGGUGUUACAGACCAUGGUUGGCGAAAUCGCUACUCAAAGACAACACCAAUCCAUUGCAUUUUCGACAUUGCCCUUGCUUUGGAAUGUUGGAUGUGUGAUUGGUCCUUUGAUCGGUGGAUCCAAGUACUUGACUCGACCCAAGGGAAAUGUUGAUGCUACAUCUUUGGAUUCCUAUUACGAAAACUUCUUGAAUCAUCAUCCAUAUGCAUUGUCCAACAUCGUUGUAGCCCUGUGUCUCUGUUGCAGUGCUCUUAUGGGGUUUUUGUUCCUUGAAGAAACCCACUACAGGGCCAAGAAGAGAUAUGACAUUGGAUUGGCGACUGGAGACUGGAUAAGAAGUAAGUUAGGCUUCACUAUUCCUUUGAGACCAUGGGAGACCAGAACUAAACCUUUGACUAAGUCUGCGCCAGUGGUGGACACCGCCGUGUUGGAUGACGACGACUAUGACUCGCUUGACGAGAACACGCCUUUGGCCUCUGAUCCGGUGCCCAUCUAUGGAGACGAGCAAAAUGAUAACGAAUCCAUCAGCUCUCUGGGUCCGUUCACUCUCACCAGAAGAUCUUCUCUUGCCAUUUCGAGACGUUAUUCACAAGCAUACUCUCUCCAGCCGGUGAUCCUGACAGUUUCUGGAGCUUCUGUCAACGAGGAAACCAAGAGUCUUUUCAAGGCAUUCAGAAACCGCAAUAUCUUCACCAAUAAGGUGAUUGGAACUGUCUGGUGUUAUUUCAUGAUCUCGUUCCACUGUCUCAUUUUUACCGAGUUCCUUCCUGUUUUCCUUGCUGGUCAGAUCCGUCGUGAUAAAUUACAGUUUCCAUGGCGCAUUCUGGGAGGUUUUGGCUGGGAUACCCAGGAAAUCGGAACCUUGCUAUCAUCCACAGGAUUUGUGGGAUGUUUCAUCAUCAUUUUUGUCUUCCCCUUCUUGGAUAAACAUGUCAAGACCAUCAACGGCUUCCGCUUUGCUUGUUUCAUGUUCCCAAUCUCUUACGUUUUGGUUCCAUAUUCUAUCUUUACCAUUCCAGAGUACAGUCCAUGGUUGCCCUCAUGGACCACUACUGUCGCACUUUACGCGUGUACCGCCAUUUCCGUGUUAGGUUCAUCGUUGGCAUUCCCCCAGAUUUCCAUUUUGGUGUAUAGAGCCACCAAGCCCAGGCACCGGGCCUUUGUCAAUGCUAGUGCUAUGAGUGCCACGUCUUUGGCGCGUUUCUUGGCCCCGUUGUCUUGGGGAGCGUUGAUUUCGUAUUUUGAUGGCCAAGGAGUGAGUCAGAUGUCGUGGAUCUUACUUGCUUUCAUGGCAUGCAUUACACUCACAUUGGCUUUGAAUCUUGACGAAUAUGACGAAGAUCUUGCAGAGGCUGAAUCUGUGAGUGUUUAG